AUGCAUGGCUGCAACGUUGAUCACCGCUACGUUAGGUCUUGGAAGUGUCAGGUUUCAGUCGGAGAGCUUUAUAGAUGGAUAUUAGCAAAAUUAUCUGAUAAAGAUAUUAAGAGGGCAUUGCAUAAAUAUAGGGAUCUUAUGCCCAGACAAUCUGACUGGAAUAGGAAGCUUACUCAAGCAACUAACAUGCCCGAACUGGGCUUUCGUUAUCUCUACAGAUGUGGGCAAAUAGAUGAAAGUAAUCAUCGAACAAUGCAGAAAAUGCUCAAAUAUAUUGAUAGACAAGAUGUCCUGCCGUUCUUUGACACUAUACUCUAUAACACUAAUCAUGCAAAUUGCUCGCUGGACGAGCUCAGAAAAGGUUUUUCAUUCAUACCUAAUUUACCUUUAGUUCUUAUCGAUAAGGUUGAUGCAUUUCUGCGUUAUUCAACGGCUCUCUCAGAAGAAGAAGUCCACCCGGAUCCUCCAUAUGAGAUUAGUCAAUGUCAACCUCUAGAAAGUCUCAGAAUCACAAGGUUAGUCCUUUUCGCAUGCAUGUUUUUAUAUAUUUGUACAUAUUUACUUAUAUAA